CACAUUCACGAGUCAUUGCAGCAACGUUGCCAUGAAAAUGAAGUACAUCGUGUCUGUAUUGGAAGAGCUCGGACUCUGAAGAGGUGGGAUGAGAUGCAGAUUAAAAUGCGGAAGGUGGUGGGUCAUGCAAGUUUGAAGUUGCUAAAUCUGCUGAUUACAUCGCCGCGUCACGCCGUGGCGUGCUCCCAACGCGCGCGUCCGACUCCUCUGGGCGCUCCAGGCCACGACGCGCACGACGGCGGUGUUCAUCAAAUGGAGCAGGAGCUGCGCGCGGCAGGCAUUCUGCGGCAAGCACGGUGCGCGCGCCACGUGCGUGCCGAUGCAGAUCCUGUCAAUGUGGAGGUGCAGUGUGAGCUGCCCUCCCUCGCUGCCCCAGCCAGGGUGCAGGCACGUAGGCACUCCGUGGGAGCGUGGAGCGUCGAAGCGCAGGAGCCGAAGGAGCACACAGGCACAGCCACACUACCCUGCAUUUCUAAUAAAGUUUUCUCAAUUACACACUUA